AUGCAAUCUUUCCGUAAAAUUUGGAAUAAACCUCGUCCAGAUGAUUGGAUGCCACUCGCUAGAUUCUACUAUGCCGAUUCAGCACUGAAUGACAUUGCAAGCGAGCUCGAUUCAUUCGAUGGCAGAAGAGAUCCGGACAGAUGUAACGCUUUGGUCACAAGACUUCGUGUGGCUCAGGAUCGUGUUCUACAUAUCAUUACUGAAAUGCUGAUACACUUGUAUCCACGAGAGCAGGAUCGAGCAUGCCGAGAUUUCCGCAUCAAGUUUCCCGACGAAAUUUUGCACGACACAUUGCCAGGACAACUGUGGUUUGGAGCAGAGUGCCUGUCCGCUGGAUCUAACAUCAUUGACCACGAGACAGAAUCGGAUCUGAUUCGACCGCUAGCAAAGGAAGUGACGAAACAGCUUGACAUUCUUAGGGACUUGCUCAAGAACCAAUCUCUACGCGAUCCAUCUGCAUACAAUCCAGUCAUCAAGGAGAACUUGCUCAAGUUUGACAAGUUGUUUGCCGAAUUCGAGUAUCAAUAUGUGUCGGCGAUGGUUCCAGUCAAAUCGGUCAAAGAGCACGAUUCUCAGCUGGAUGUUGCUGUUCUCUUCUCUGAAGUACUCUCGCUGGCACUAGAGAAGGAUCUGAUCACACAAGACCUCAUCGACUACUGUGACCCAUCAGUGAUGAUCGCCAUUCCGCGACUUGGCAUCGUAUGGGGACUGUUAGUCUACUCGGAAGGAGCGCUCAACGUUGACGUGCCCGCCGAAAAUCUAUCGGAAAUGUUCCGCCCAUUCUACUCACUUCUUGUCAAAAUCCGCAACUUGUUGAGAAUACUGACUCCAGUGGAGCUUACACGGCUGGAGACGGUUCUCUGCAAAGGUGAGACUGCUGUACCGGAAGACUCGUCCAGUAAACUCACAAUGAGCGACUUCCGCACGAAUGCCACCGACGAGGAGAAGGCGAAGAACAACCAAAGAGUGUGGAUGUGUGACAUGCCAUCGGACAGUACAAGCUCUCUAGACUCUGAUCUUCGGGAUAGUGCUAGUGAGGCCACAUCUCUAGCAUCGUCUGGUCUGACGAGUCCAAGCUCUGGAAGCGAAGAUAACCUCAACCGAAUGGUGGAUAAAUCAGAUGAGGAGUUGGACGAUGACGUCAUUGAAACUGCAUCAUCCGAAGAAAACGAAAGCGACAGCAACAACGAGAACGUUGAAAUGGUGGCGUCGUCAGGAGACAGCAGUGAAACUGAGUCCAACUCGAAAGAAAACGAAGAAGACGUGGACGAGCAGGCAACUCUUCAAGCUUUGGCACAUGAGACUGCGGAGCAAUUGGUUGCGAUUAAGAAGAAGCACGAGAAGCAUAGCAAAAUAAUUAUUCCAAUGCAAAACGAGCCAAGGACUCUUAUCGAUCCGAAGAACCUGAGAUCUCGCUUCCGUUCCUCCGAAGACCUCGUGCAUCGACUUUUUGUGUGCAUCGCUGGCGUCGCUGACCAGCUUCAAACCAACUACUCCAGUGAAAUCAGAAAGGUGUUGAAGAUAAUUCUUCAGCCCUCAGAGGUGAUCCCAGUCUACGAGGUGGUCAACGCACAAGUCGCAAAUAAUUCCACCGAAGGCGAAGAGACCGGUGUUGAGGCACAGGAGACGUUACCACUUCCUGCAUUCAUGGGUGUCCGAUGGGUUCCGGAUGAGGAUUGCGAACAGUGCACCGCCUGCUCCAUGCCAUUCAAUUUCGUUCGUCGUCGUCAUCACUGCCGCAACUGUGGACGCAUUUUCUGUCACAAGUGCUCUUGCAAUUCUAUCAGCAUUCCGGAGCACGGAUAUGAUAGAAAGGUUCGCGUCUGCAAUCUCUGCUACGUGCAUCGACUCAAUCCUUUCGGAUGCAACGAGCAAAGUCAAGCCAGCGAGAAUAACACUGGCAUUUCUUCGGUAGCUGAGCAAUCAUCCGCUCAGGCAACAUCAGCAUCUUCAUGA